AUGAAUCAAUUCAGUUUCUCAAUCAGAAACUUCUACCAAAACGGACAGCAGCUUAUCGCUUUACAUAAACAUCUCAUUGAGACUAGUCACUUGAUCCGACCGAUCAGGAGCGAAGAUAGAGGACUUUCUACGGUCGACAUAAAACAACCAAAAAGAGAAAAAAAGAACAAGAAGAAAAAAAAUAAAUUGAAGAUAAAGAACGCCUGUGAAAAUAUGUCAGAACGGCGUAAAGUGGAAGACAUGUUUCAAAACUGCGAUAUUCCAAUGUCGAUGUCAAAGGUGAUGCUUCGAGCAAAUACAGCUGAUACAACUGAUACGGUUACAGUUAUCUGUGAAAAUGGAGACAAGAGCGAAGAAUCGCCUUUUAAAAAAAGACGAAAGAGAUCCUUUUCGACAGAGUUCUUUCUUCGUGCACGACAGUGGCGAGAUGUGGCGGAGUUUGAACGGAAAGAGCUGCUCAAGGUUCGAGUCUACAGAAGUCUACGGCAAGCUAGCGCGGCAUUACUGGCUGUUGCUGUUAUUACAGUAGUAUUCAGCAUACUGGACAUAGAACUCAACUACAAAGAAAAGGGCGACAUCGUGGGAGUGGUUGAAGACACCUGCGUCGUAAAAAAUCCUGGAUGCCAAUUUUCAUGGAACGAAAAUGCAACUCAAAAUAGCUCGAUCCUCGAAAACAAUCCCGGGCAACAGACAAAACGACACUUUUUCAAAGCACUGGCUUUUGCAGUCAGAGUCACAAUUUCCGUCUUGACGGUUUUGACCGUCGGCUUGAUUUGGUGGUACUCCGAGUUAGAGAGAAGACUUCUUGUUGUCAGGCAUCAUCUUUCGGACUCAGUGAACUUAUUCUUCUCCCCUCUUGCUGGAGCACUUUAUGCAGAACUGAUAUUAUGCGUCAUUCACUUACCGCCAGGAUUCCCGAAAUUUUUUCCGACAGAAAUGCAGCUUGUUACUUUUGCGAGGCUUUAUCAUAUCGUCAAGUACAUGCGAGAACACCACCCGAUGCGAUAUCAUCGAAUGACCGAGAUUCUCAAAACGGUUGCUUCGGUGAAGCUGUCUUCAACCUUUCUUCUGAAGAGCUACUUUCUAAAGAAACCGCUUCCCAUGUUAAUGGCGCUUUACUUAUUCAACGUAUUUGCCGUCGGAUACAUUGUUUUUGCCCUCGAGCGACUUCGCGGAAAAUGCAUGGAGUACACGGAUGUUGUUUGGAUGAUGGGAGUAACAAUCACAAAUCUCGGUUUUGGAGAUUUCACUCCUUGCUACUGGCUCUCUAGAAUCAUCAUCUCGCUUCUGUCUCUCUUGGGAAUAUUUCAAACUGCUUUGAUCGUUGGAGUUUUAUCAGAUACGCUGGUGAUUCCGCCGGAUGAGAAGAGGAUUUUGGCAUCCGUAGAAAAACAACGUGCUGAUCAGAUUCGUCGGCACGCCGCUGCAAAACUCAUUCAAGCGACUUGGCGAUUCUACCAGCGUCAAAAAGACCGCGACAACGAAGGAGGAAACGGAUUCGCCCGAAGAAUGACUUUUACCAAAUAUCGACUCCGUCGACACGCGCACAAAUCAUAUGUCGACGCUCUCUGGCAAUGGCGACGUGUGAAAACGUCGACGGAAACCGUCGGUCAAUCGUUGGAAAAAGAGUUUUUGGUCGAUGACACAGCGAUAACGACGACGUAUAUUUCCAGAAAACUUGAUGCGCUUGAAAAAAUGGUCAGAAAAGGAGGCAACUCGACUCCGGUCAAUGAAAAUAAUACAAAACUUAAAAGAAUAUCUCCGCUUUCAACUAUCUGCGAGGGCAGAUCCCGCAUAAGGCGCUUAUGGCUGUCGGCAGGAAGAAAUGCCCUGAAUUCAAAAUUCAAGGGAAAGACAAAAGCUGUCAACGGGAAAAUCAAGGAUAAGAGUGCACUUUGCUCCGAAGCACCGUCCAAAAAUGGAUCGAUCAGGAAGAAAGCCAGUAGUCCUGUCUCUUUGAUGGACAAGCUAAAGAGCUUAAAAACCAAUCAAGUGGAAAACUCAAACGAUGACAACUCCCAUUCCCACUCCAACUCCCAUCGUCAUCCGGAAACGAUCUCCUCUGAGAUCUCCUCACCUGACCUAUCCCGUGAUCAGGAAAAAAGGGAGAGACAACAAUCGAAUAUAAUUCUGCAAGAUCAUCUGAUAGGAAAAUUGAGCAAUCAGAUCAAAGGGCUCGAGGAGAAACAAGAAGUCGUGAAGCAAGAAAUCAGCAGUAUUAAAUCGCUGCUGGCGGCGCUGAGAGAAGUUGCAACAGACUCAACGAUCGAUUCUGGUGAGACCUUUUCGAGUAAUCCAGAGUCCGACCAAGAUCGAAAAAUCGAUGUAAAUAAAACUGACAGUUGGAAUCGCAGCGUCUCUUACGGCUCCUGCACCUUUCCUCAAAAUGUUUCCUUCGAAGUCACCGAAGAGGAUCACCAGCAACGAACGAGGAGGAACGCAUUCAUCGGCGUUUCACCUUGA